CCACCACAGCGCAGGUCCACCAUGAAAUCCCCCAGAGGCAUUUUAUCCUCAUCUCUUCUCUACUUUGCACAUUUUUUCCAGUCAUGACGUUGCAUGUGCGUUUUAGCUCCAUCUCUUGUUUCUUUGCUUUGAGCUUCUUGGUUACUACUCUUGUUUCUCUACCUUCUCGUCGUUUUGACGAAGUCGAGAGCCUUCUAGCUUUCAAAAACGAGUUUACUCUGUCAUGCAACAAAUCAGUGACAAACUCUUGGACCCGUGACGCCAUCUCCUUUGAUGGGGUUUUGUUUGAUAAAGACACUGGUGGUGUCACGGAGCUAAAGCUUCGUGGUGCAUGUCUCAGCGGCAGUCUCGACGCUAACAGUAGCCUCUUCAAACUACAUCAGCUCAAAUACCUGGAUCUCUCUCUCAACAACAUUUCCUCUUCACUACCCGCAGAGUUUGGGCGACUCACCGACUUAGAGUUCUUGGAUCUUCACCAAAACCGCUUCACUGGAGAGCUUCCAUCCUCAUUCAGCAACUUAACCAAGCUUCAAUUUCUAGACAUUUCUAACAAUAGUCUCCAAGGAAAAGUGCCCGAAUGGUUAUGGAAUCUUCCUUCUUUGACCGCGACUAAUCUCUCUCACAACUCAUUUGAUGGUUUCCAAGGCUCUCCCCUCCAUAACUCCUCAGUACUAGUCCACUUGUUUCUGAGGUCAAACGCCUUUCAGGGAUCUUUUCCAAACAUUCCACCAACCGUGAAGUACCUGGACGCAUCAAACAACAACUUCACAGGAGAGAUGCCUUUAUCGUUAUGCGAUUUAAGGAAGCUGUUAGUUCUUGAACUAUCGAACAACAGUUUCAGCGGUUCGGUUCCAAGAUGCUUGAGUGAAUCUAUCACAUUGAUGAAUCUCCGUCGCAACAACCUUACAAACCUUCCCGACACAUUCUCCAACAGCUCACUAGAGCUGCUUGACGUCGGCAACAAUCAAAUAAGUGGGAAGCUUCCAAGGUCUCUUGAACACUGCAAACGCCUAGAGUAUGUAGAUGUGGAGAGUAAUCAAAUAAGUGACACGUUUCCUUUCUGGUUAGAGUCUCUGCCUAAUCUCGAAGUGCUUGUCCUACGAUCAAACAGAUUCUACGGUCCUAUAUCUUCUCCUCAGCAUCCUCGACCAUUUUCAAAACUGAUGAUGAUUAACAUAGCGGGUAACAUGUUUGACGGCAGUCUUCCACCAAACUACUUUGUGAACUUGAGUGCAGCCAUUACACCAAGAGUGAAACACAUCGGCUCUCUUGUUGAUUUCUCUGGAAACAGAUUUGUAGGACAAAUUCCAGAAUCCAUAGGUCUUUUGAAGUCGCUCCUUGCCCUCAACUUAUCCAACAAUGGUUUCACCGGUCAUAUUCCAUCGUCUCUAGCUAACCUCACGGAGCUUGAGUCACUGGAUAUAUCUAGAAACCAAAUUUCUGGGACAAUUCCACAAGAGUUAGGGAAGCUCUCCUUCUUGUCGUAUAUUAACAUGUCACACAACAAACUCACUGGCCAAAUACCACAGGGUACACAGUUUCAAAAGCAAAAUGAGUAUUCAUUUGAAGGGAAUGUCGAUCUAUGUGGCUUUCCUCUUCGAAAGAGUUGCUAGCAAGAACGCAGACGCAAUCAUCUCACGCUUCCAAAGCAAUGCAUACCCUCAAUGCUUGUAACCCCCUUGCUAUUCUCGUUACUCCUAGUUUUUCAUUUUGUUCUCUUUUUCUCUAUUCCACUUUCAAUAAGUUUGUAGCUACGUACUUUUGAGUGCAUACUCUUUCUAAGUUUGUGGUUACUUUAAAUAAUCAAGAUAAUGAUCAUUAUUCAUUAAUCAAAGAAGUAGCAAAUGGACUUGUUCAGAGUUCUUUUUUGAACUUAAUGACGAAUCAAAAACUCCUGUAUACAAUUGCAAACCAAUCUCAUCUUGUUUUAUUCAUGCAUGGUGACAAUAUUUGCUUUUGUAUCCACCUCAAACACGGAAGCUUUGUUCUCUGGAAAACCAUGCUAUAACUAUAAACUAACACAUCCUAGACAUUACCUGCACAGAAAAAUACUAAAAACUAUAACCAAAACUGCCAGAAUUGCCUGAUGUAAUGUUUUACUGAAAGUGAAAUGCUUAAGAUGACUUCUCAUCACAGUCAA